AUGCAAAGGCGCAAUGUGGCGAUGGUGGAAACCUCACCAGUUGCCCUCUGGGUGUCUGUUGCAGUCCAUUUGGCUUCUGCGGCUCAACAAGUGAUUUCUGUGGCACUGGAUGCCAGAGCGGCUGUGAUCCUGUCGACAACUAAUGCAUUCUCCUCUCCAACCUAUAGUGAACCAUCGUGUACGAGCUCCAGCAAUAGCAGCUCCCUUGAAAGGGUGGUUGCCUACUACGAACUUUUUCAAUUUAGUCGGCCAUGCGACACAUUGCAGCCAGAGAGUAUCCCUGCUGGGGCUCUUACUCACAUUAAUCUAGCAUUUGUCCAAUUUGGAGACGAUUGGAAAAUGGUUGAUGAAUACGGCGAUAUUGUAGCCCGAGUCACUCGUCUCAAAACCACCUAUGCUGGCUUGCGAGUAAACGUUGCCAUCGGUGGCUGGAACUUCAAUGAUCCACCGUCAGCAACCUAUUUCUCUACAAUGGCAGGCUCAUAUGAGAAUCGACAAACAUUCAUUGACUCUCUUAUUCUGUACUUGCAAAAGUAUGGACUAGACGGUGUUGAAAUAGAUUGGGAAUAUCCAGCAGCGACGGAUCGUGGUGGUGAUGCCAGCGAUACAGACAAUUUUGUCACGUUACUCGCUGAAAUGAGAGAAGCUUUCGAUGCUGUGAAUCCCGGCUGGGAAAUCACUUGCACCCUCCCAUCAAGCUACUGGUACAUGCAAAAUUUCGAUCUUCAGUCUAUGCAAAAGUAUGUCUCGUUCUUCAACAUGAUGAGCUACGAUCUGCACGGCAUGUGGGACCAAGGCAAUAAGUAUACCGGCUCUUACCUGCGAGGGCAUACCAACCUUACGGAGAUCGAUAUAGGAAUGGAUUUACUGUGGCGUAAUAAUAUCGACCCCAAGAAGGUGGUUAUGGGCAUGGGCUUCUAUGGUCGAAGCUUCAGGAUGAGCGAUAGCGCCUGCCACACAGCAGACUGCGAGUUCUCUGCGGUGGGAGAUGCUGGUCCCUGCUCACAGUCUGCGGGCAUCCUAUAUUAUUCAGAGAUUGAAUCGAGUAAUAGUUCCAGUGACGUUCAAACAUACUAUGACCCUGUUUCGACAGUCAAAUAUAAUGUUUACAACGGGAAUCAGUGGAUCUCCUACGACGAUGCGCAGUCAUGGCAGGAUAAGAUGCGAUACCUGACAGGGAAGUGCAUUUCUGGAGUAAUGAUCUGGGCACUUGAUCAGGAUGACGGAAUGCACAGAGCUCUUGCUGGACUCCUCGGUGAGGAUGCGCUAGCUGGCUCGCUUAUGGAAGGAGGCGACCUGUCGACCAAACAGAAGGAAGAAUUGACGGAUCAACUAGCCGCAUACACCGGUCAAAACUGUUAUGUCACUGAAGAAUGCACAGAUGGCACUUCCCAUCAAAACGACGCGCAGUAUGUGUGCGGCACUGGUUUCUCUUCGGUCGCGACUGCACAUGCACCCCACCAGGCACUCUCAUAUUGGAUUGGUGAGACUUGUGACACUGGCAAGUAUCGUCAUAUCUGCUGUCCGACAGACGCUAUGCCAAAGAACUGCGAAUGGACUGGCGCCCCAAUUCGCAGUGAAGUUGGAUGCAACGGAAAGUGUGGAAGCGACCAGUUUCAGCUCAAUAUUGAUUCAUAUGUUGACGCUACCGGCGAGGAGCCAUGUUAUCAAGGAGACCGCGCGUUGUGUUGCGAUGGUGCUCAGGCUAUCAAUCAAUGCACGUGGACUUCAUGUCAGAAGCUUGCCUCUGUCGAGGACAACCCGAGCUGCCCGAGCGGGAGCACUUAUAUGACCACCCGGUUCGAUGAUGGAACUGGAAGCUUGUGCUCUUCGGACGAAGAUGGUGACUUAAUGAUUCUUUACGCCCAGGCAUAUUGUUGUCCAAGCGAAGAUGUACCAUCCAAUUGCUCUUGGUCAUUUGAGGACCUUCCUCACACUGCAGAAUACUUAUGCUAUCCGCAAAAAUGCGACUCUACCAAGUUGAAAUAUACCACUGCUCUUGAUCCCAGCCAGCCCCACUAUGGCAACGGCUUGUCCUCGGUGAAUGAGUGCACUCCAUACACCCCUCCGGCUGGCGAGGACCCCAAUUGGCCAUACUGCUGUAGCCCCCCGCAGGCAAACAGUGAGAAAUGGCCAGUUGAUCCUAAGUAUCUGUGGGAGGACUACUACGAAGCCACUGGAGACGAUGUGGAAUGGGCUUAUGUGGACAACUAUGGGAACAACGAUAAACAGAGCUCUCCUGGCGACGACGAUGGGGACGACCCAUAUGGAUUUGUUAUGCUUGAUGGCCCUGCUGGUUCCAUUGACAGUUCAUUUGCAUCGACCUACGAAUUCGCUCGUCAGAGUGAGGAAGUUCCAAACGUCAAACGCUCCCUAUUCACCACCAAUCGCACUCGUCUGGUUACAAACUUCGAGCACUCCGAAGAAACACACUACGUCUUUUGCAAGUUGCCUACUGGCUCCGCAAAAUGUGAAAACGUAUUCAUCGAUGGGGCUGAAGACACAAUCAUUCGCCUACCAGAGCACAUUGGUGAAGGACCAUUUGCACGUCUCGUAUCUAUAGAGCCGGCCCAUAGCUCAUACAGUUUGCCUGGUCAUCACUUGAACAAGCGAGUUGCGCAGGAUAAUAACAAUCCUGUUUACAAGAUCAAGAUUGAUUACAACUUCCAGGCGAUUAAACGAGACUCCGGAGCUAUCAACAUGCGUGUGGACUACACCAACUUACUCGACUACUGGGAAGAUGUUACAGACACUCCUGCCACUCGUCGAAAGAAGCGCUCAACCACUUCAGUUCGUGACGAGCACAUGUCGUACCAUGAAUGGCGUGGAAAGGUUGAUUGGGCCAAAACUUCGCAUGAGGCUCUUCGCAAGCGACAGGAAGCUGUGAUGAACUCCAAUACCUCAUUUGAACAUCCCAGUGACCAAGAUCCACAUGCUAUCCAAAAGAGAUGGUUCGGUAGUUUCAAGAAUUGGCUCAAAAAGAUGAAUACUGUUGAGAGCAGCAGUGUUGGCUAUUUGUCCCAGCUUUGGAAGAGCAGUCUGCUCCUUUUCAGUGCCUCUACAGGGUGCCCGAAGGCAAAUGCUAAGCUGAACGUCUAUCUUGACUCUGAAAUCGCCAUGGAAAGUACAUACGCCUAUUAUCUUUCGGGUACUUUGGUUCCUCCAUCGUUGGAUGGUACCUAUGCAUACUUUGGCAUGCAACCAAGUGUGUAUCUGGGCCUUACUGUUGAAGGUGUCGCUCGCAUGGAUUACAAAUCCGAGAGAAAGCAGUUAAUCCCAACUCUUUCCUACCCUGGACUUGCGAUCAAGGGAAUAGCAGCUGUCGGCCCUACCCUUGAUAUCUAUGGACAGAUUCGUGGCGUUGUACAAUUGAGCGGCAAGAUGUCCGUUGGUGCGAAGUAUACUUUUGAGAAAUCGGAGGUCUACUGGCCCCAGGGUGACGACAGCACGGAUUACAGUAAAAUCAAUGACCUUGUUGGUGAUCCUGAGCCUGUCGCAUCUGGCCUGGAACCCUCAUUCCAAGCGUCUGUUGAGGCCAGUGCCGAUCUAGACGUUCUGGUCACACCAGAGGCUAACAUCGGUAUCACCAUUGGUGGUUCAUCGCUUCUCGGGGGCGUUACGCUUGUCGAUGCCCAGAUGGUUGGCUUUGUGAAUACCACAUUGAGAUUCCACGCUGGCGCGACAGCUGAAGUCUCAGGCGAUUCCACUUCUGUAAGUGCUGGAUAUACAUACACCUAUGGUAUCUAUCUCUUGUAUAACUUGGGAUACGGUGGACAUGCCACGAUUCCAUUCUACGAAUGGUACAUGUCGACUCGGGCUCUGUUCAGCAGUCCGAGAUCAAUCACGCUCUACGAGAACGGAGAUCUCGGCUCAACCUCAACAAGUAUUUCAGCCAAAAGAGACCUUCCCCUAGACGAGUCUCCUAUCUUCGAAGGAGGCGAUGCGGUGACCCAGCCAUCUCAAAGUCGGGGUGUGGGUCGCCUGAUAGCAUUUGACAGCAGCCGUGACUUACUUUGGGGAUCGGCACCUCAAUACAUCAACAAGACCAACAGCGCAGGUAUUGUUCGCAAGCGCGAUGACGACAGCGAUGUUGACAUGAUGGAUGUCGACUCGGAUGAUGACGACCCCAGUUUCAGCCCUGCAAGCGCAGUCACUUGCCCCGCGAAUAACUGUGUCACCCCGGGUGGUAGCAAUCCCAAUAACCUGCCACUGUGCUCUUGGAUCUUACCUGAAUUACGGUAUAACUGCCUUUUUUUCCCUGAUAGGCAAGUCGUCGACACCAAUGGGAACUCGAAGAUCAUUCCUGGAAUCUGUACCAAUGUGAAUAACUUCUUCAACAAUCGUGGCCUCGCUAUCAGUACAGGAAUCACACUCACAUGGGAUUCUCAAAAAACCCGCUCAGACAAGCGACGCAGGGCUGCAUGUCCCACACUGACAAAGUCAAGUGGACAAGGGUGGAAUACUGGCUACUGCAGUAUUGAGAAUACAGUCAUCACCAGUGGUAUCAAUGUGCCAUCUUCCACCGAGGUCGUGAGCUGUGAUGAAUUUCCAAUGGCCUCUUCCGAAGAAGGAGGGAACUUCUUCCCAACGCUACCUACCAACCCAACCCCACAAGGCGUUGAAUGUGUACCGGUAUAUCAGCAGACUCUCCAAGGGAAAUGCCAUACUCUGCUGUCCGGUAUAAAAGCCAAUAUCAAUGCCACCGGUGACGCCAACUGGCAGACUUGGGGAAGCGGAGAUGCCAAUCCGGGGUGGACGAGUCUUAGUGCUGCGUGGCAAGGCCUGGCACAUUACGAUUCAUACAUUCCGCAAGCCGCCGGAAUCACGAAAGCCCAAUACAACAAUGGCCACGGGGGUUAUAACCAUAAACGAAACUUCACCCUUUCCCUCGCCUCUCCAUCAGGCCCUACAGAUGGCGCGGCCUGGGGCGUGCAGUCAUUGUCAUCAUACUCCGCGCCAGGAAAAAUCCAAAGCGGGACUGAUGCCACUCAGGUUGCCUGUGCAGUCAACACCUUUGACCAGACGACUCGAUACGAGAGGACUGGAAAUAAUGGAUACUGCCUGAGCGGAUACAAACAAGACCUCGUGUACGGGAAUAUUCAAUCCUGGGUUGAAUGUACCGUUGUAUUUACUGGAUCGACUACGGGUCACACCAACUCCAAGCGAGAGAACGGGGAUCAAGCCGAUGAUGGUGACAUUAUUGGCCAAUUUGACGGAUGGAAUAUCCAA